AUGACGGACGAUAAGGAGUUAUCAGCCAACGAAAUCGCUCUGUACGACAGACAGAUUCGACUAUGGGGACUCGAAGCCCAAACGAAGCUACGUAACAGCAAAAUCUUGGUGAUAAACCUUUCGAGCAUCAACGUGGAAGUGGUCAAAAAUUUAAUGCUUGGAGGUGUGGGUUCAUUAACCAUUAUAGAUUCCACCGAAGUUUUGCAGCAGGACUUGAACGUGAACUUCUUCAUCGAUGCUGCCAUGGUUGGCCAGAGCAAGGUGAAUGAAGUAUGCAUGGCCAGGAUCCAGGAACUCAACCCCAGAGUAGAGUUGAAAUAUUCUGCAGAAGAGUGGAGCACAAAAGAGAGCUCUUGGUUCAAAGACUUUGAGAUCGUCGUUGUCUCUGGGCUUAACAAAGAAGAAACACGCAAGCUGAACAUCAUCACCAGGGAAAACGGCGUCCGCCUUUACACAUCAGGAUCGCACGGACUUUACGGCUAUUUGUUUGUCGAUCUUAUACAACAUGACUCCCAGAUCAAGAGCAAGAGGGAAGGGAUCGCGAAGAAGGUUGGAGCUAUAAACAGCGUUUCCCAGAUAGUUCAGGUCGACGGCAUUGUUGAGAAUGAUGAACGAGUCGAAGUGGUGACAAUACGGAAUAACUAUAGAAGCUUCGACGAAAUUUGCAAGGAUGGCUCUGUUUCUGCUGACAAGUUCAAGGAGUUCUUCAAAAGCGAAAAGAAGUUGAAGAAGCUGGUAAGCCCUGCUUUGCCAGUCAUCUUUGGUCUGCUUGACUUUGACAGCCAGCAUGGCAAAGAUCUUGAAAAUAUUCACAUAGAGGCUGACAGUCUCAAGGAGAAGGCCCUGGAGGCAUGCGCUCACUUCCAAAUUUCCCAGGAGAUAGUGAAGCCAGAAGUGGUAGACGAAUUGGCCAGACAGGCGUACACGGAGUUUCAGCCUGUCUCAGCAGUUAUUGGAGGAGCCAUUGCACAGGAUGUGAUUAACAUGCUAGGGAGAAGGGAACAUCCCAUGAACAAUUUUGUGGUCUUUGAGGCCUUAGCUAGCAAAAUGCCGGUAUAUGUACUUUAA